GAAAUUAAUUGGUUAUUUGGUUAUUCUAAGCGUGGAGAUUCGAACAUGUGCAUCCCAUAAGCAAAGUGCACCCGCAGUGGUUAUAGGACGUCGUGCGUGGGUCCCGGCGCGCUCCUGCGGCUGAUCCGUACUACCAGUACUAUAGUGACUGAUUGAGGACUCGGAACUAAAGUAAUAGACGGAAGCAAAUUUUGUCCGCCUUUCAAUUGCCGAAUCAAGGCAUUUCUAACCAAUGGGAAAAUCUGCAAAAGGACUUACCCAGUGACUCACAUUCCCCGUCGAUUACUAUCUUGUGAGCUGUCACUGUCCAUAUGCCUGAACUCCCUGAAGUAGAGCGUGCAACAACCCUCCUCAGGUCAAUUGCCAAAGGAAAUAGAAUUAUUUGGGUCGGAACAUCCGAGGAUAAUCUCGUUUUCCAAGGAUUAUUGUCCCACGAGGACUUUGGUAGGGAAAUCACUGGGCGCGUUGUGAAGGACACGUUCCGAUAUGGAAAAUAUUUCUACAUCGAGCUCGAAGGUGCAGGAAAGAUGCCCCUGCUUCACUUUGGGAUGACUGGGAUGCUACAUGUGAGAGGCCAGCCUACCCUUCAGUACAGGUCGAAAAUCCGUGAGAGCCCUGACAUAUGGCCGCCUAAAUUCAUGAAGUUCAUCUUACAUAUCGAGGGUAAGACGUCGGGCACCAUAACUGAAGUGGCUUUUUCCGAUGCGCGUCGUCUGGGACGCAUUCGUCUUACUAUCCACCCCAGAGAAGAACCCCCUAUAUCUGAACUUGGCUUCGAUCCAAUUUUAUCCAUGCCUCCACUGUGGGAAUUCCAGGCCCUCGUCCUGAAAAGAUCGUGCCCAAUUAAGGCUCUACUAUUAGACCAAUCCUUCAGUGCAGGCGUCGGAAACUACCUUGCUGAUGAAAUAUUAUAUCAAGCAAAGGUUCACCCCGAACAACGGUGCAAUACUUUGCAACAAACUCAGGUCGAAGCUUUGCACCGUGAAGUGGCUGAUGUUUGUCGAAUAGCUGUGGAAGCCAAUGCAGACGACGACAAAUACCCCAGCCAUUGGAUCUUCAAAUAUCGCUGGGGGAAAGGUAAGAAAGUGAAGCAAUCUAUGAUGCUGCCUUCGGGGGAGCCUGCGACUGUCAAGUGGAUCACUGUUGGUGGCCGUACCUCUGCUUUUGUAGCUGAGGUCCAAUGCCUUCCGCACAAGCAAAGAGCAGGGAAGACUGAGACCACCACUGAGGACGAGAGUGAAUUGACUCCUCUUUCUUCAGACAAUGACAACAGUCCCGCAGCUUCGCCGCGCAAGCGUAAAGUUAAAUCCGAGAGCACAAGAAGAAAGAGCAUAGCUUCUGCGCAUACAGGAGAGCCUCUCCGCGAGAAGCGUCCUCGCCUCAAAAGGCACUGAGCGAUUGUGAUUGCAUGUAUCCCUUCAGUUACUGUUUCACCCUACCCUUCUGUGCGUUCAUAAGCCCAAUUGUCAUCUUUUAUUGUUUUGGAUUACACGAUACUCUUUCUCUUGCUCCGCGAAAUGAGCUGCUGUCUCGGUUCUUAUGGCACUUCGCCCGUAUGCCGAAGUCACUACACGAAAGUCUGUUGUGCGAACAUCAUCAACGUUGUAGGAAG